AUGGCGACGCGCCUGAACAACCUGCUGCAGCACAUCGCUGUGAAGGACAACGACAGCGACACGAUGCGGCACGUGAAGCAGCGCAUGGCGAUGGCGUCCCUCGCGAGCCAGUUCACGGUGAGCAAGGACCACCUCAAGCAGCUGACGAUGUACAUGAUCCACGAGAUGAUCGAGGGGCUUGAGGGCCGCGAGAGCACCCUGCGAAUGCUCCCGUCGUACGUGUUCAAGGCGGAUCCCAGCAAGGCGACGGGCGCCUUCUACGCGCUGGACCUCGGGGGAACGAACUUCCGUGUGCUGCGUGUGUCGUGCAAGGAUGGGAGAGUGGUGAGCCGUACGGACUCCAAGUUUGUGAUUCCGCAACAGGCGUUGCAGGGUGAUGCAGCGGAUCUCUUUGACUUUGUCGCGAGCAGUGUGAAGAAGGUUAUGCAAGAUAAGGCCCCGGAGGAUUUGAACCGUACCUUGCCGCUUGGUUUCACCUUCAGCUUCCCGACGGAGCAGAAGAGCAUCAACCAGGGUGUGUUGCUCAAGUGGACGAAGGGCUUUUCGACGAAGGGUGUGGAGGGCAAGGACGUGGUGGAGCUACUGCAGACCUCACUGAGGCGUGUCCACGUGAAGGUGGAUGUGGUGGCGCUCUGCAACGAUACUGUCGGCACGCUCAUUGCACGCUACUUUGUGGACCCCGACGCGCACGUGGGUGUGAUUAUUGGUACAGGCUCCAACGCGUGCUACUUUGAGGAUGCCUCCGCGGUGAAGAAGGAUCCCGCCGUGGCCGCGCGCGGCGCGGCACAGACGGUGAUCAACAUGGAAUGCGGGAACUUCGACUCCAAGUACAAGUUCGUGCUGCCCUGCUCUGCGUACGAUGAGGCAAUGGACGCCAUCACGCUCAAUCACGGCUACCAGGCGCAGGAGAAGAUGGUGUCCGGCAUGUAUCUUGGCGAGAUCGCCCGCCGCAUGAUUGUGCACCUCGCCGAGCUGCGCUGCCUAUCACCCUCCCUGGCGUCCGCGAUGGCCAAGCCGUGGAGCUUCGAGACGAAGUUCAUGGGUAUGUUGUCUGCGGACCGCAUGCCCGGGCUGCAGUUCACACGCAGCGUCAUCCGCAAGCUGUUCAACGUGGACGUGCCGAGCGUGGAGGACUUGCAUGUGAUCCGUGACGUUUGCCGCCUGGUGCGUGGGCGCGCUGCACAGAUCAGCGCCAUGUUCUGCAGUGCGCCGCUCGCGAAGACGCACAAGCAGGGCUGCGCAACGGUCGCUGUUGAUGGGUCUGUGUACGAGAAGACACCGUCAUUCCGCCGCCUGCUGCAGGAAACAAUGAACGUCAUUCUCGGCGCGGAUUGCAACGUGAAAAUGGCUCUUGUGAAGGACGGCAGCGGCAUUGGCGCCGCCUUCAUCUCUGCGCUGGCCGUCAACGACAAGUAG